AUGAUACCUCAACUUGGAUUAACCCUAGUCAUUUAUUCAUGUCUGUUUAUUGUACUUUUCCCCAUAGAGGCGCCAAUAUAUACACUAUUAAUGGGUCCAUUUGGCAUAGUUGCCGCCUGGUACUCUAUCCUCCUGCAAGCAGGGGCACUUUCCCUUUUGAUUGUCAACCUUUUCCUUAUGCCCCAUAUCCAAAGAGUUGCCUAUGAUGCUGUUUUAAGUAGAGAAUUUGCUGAUGAUGUAGUAUUAAUGGCUAAGAUUAGACGUGCUGGUAACGUACCUUUAUACAUUAGAGUUGUAAGGUACGUGUUGAUGCUACCUGAUCUUUCUUCACUACCCAAUACAAUUGCCAAAGCAGUUGCAAUAUUCAUUCUUAAUUUCAUUCCAGUUAUUGGCCCAGUCUUCACUAUUGUAAUACAAUCAGGUUCAAGAGGCUUACAAGGGCAUCAAAGAUACUUCCAAUUGAAAGGAUAUACAAGAAGACAAAAAGAUGAUAUUUUUCGAGCUCAUAGAGCUGAAUACAUGGGGUUUGGAAUUGCGGCAUUGAUAUUAGAACUAAUUCCUGUAAUUAAUCUAUUUCUUGUAUUUACGAAUACGAUAGGUGCUGCAUUAUGGGCCGUUGACAUUGAAAGGAAAACCAAAGCAAGAGAAACUUCUGCUGAAGAAUGUUGCAUUGAUCCACUUCAAUAAAGAUAAAUAUUGUCAACGCAUCCAAAUCCAGCAGCUACUCCUCCUUCAUUGCUAGUGCUAAAUUUAGAUCUUAAUAACCAACCAGCAUUUUUGUUUGUUAAUAUGUCCCCAGUUGAUUCAUUGAAUAAAAUUGUCCCAAAUAUACCUAAUUCAGAAAUAAUAUUUUCAUGGAAGAUUUCUCCAUUUCUAAUAAUCUUGUUCUUAUAGUUAGGAGGGUUUAUAAUUUCCAUUAAAAUAUAUGCUCCCCAUUCGCUUUUAUCAAGGCUGGUUAAAAAGCCGGGAAUGUUUUCCUUGUAAAUGUUAUUACCACCUCCUUCUCGUUGGGGCUUCAAUACAAAUCUUUCCGGAUGUUCAAAUGCCAACUUUUGUGCAAGUUUCCCCUCCUCACUAUCGUCCAAUGGAUAAAUGGCAACAAAAGUAGACAAUAUUUUCUCAAUAUCUUGAGUGGAUGAAUUUGGUAAUAACUUAGAAACAAUUUCUUUCUUGGUUAAUAUCUGUUGAAUUUUUUUGGCACCCGAUAAUUGGGUUAAUACCGAAGGACAUUUAACUGCCAUGGAUUUCUCCAACAAUAAUCUUGCGGACCAAGUCUUGUCUGGAUUGAUAUCAUAGUCACUUGGUGCAUAACCUGAUCUAUAGUAAACCACAGAUACUUCAUCCAAAGUUGAUUUAAUGUACAAUUUGUCUGAUUUGAUGACCACCUUUUCACCCACAUCUUCCAAAGUAAGUCUGUGCGAUUUAAUCCCAUGGUUUUUAAGUAAUGCAUAUUCAAUAUGUCUUUGGUCAAAACAGUUUCUUUCCCCUGGUUGGACAAUAAACAAUACGAUCGUCUUUGAAUCUUGUUUUUUGUCAUUGUAAUGGAAAUCAGCAUCUGCCAAUCCGUGGGCCAAUUCUUCAAUUGAGUUUGAAAUGGGGAUUUCUUUGUCUUCAUAAUACUUGGAACUAUGCGCUUGGUCAUACGCACCACUGCUAUUCAAGUAAUUGUGCAAUUCACCAAUCUUCGUAGACAAUCCCCCAAACGAAACACUCACAGUAUUGAAUUCAAUUUGUUUAAUCUCGUUGCUGUCACUAUGAACCAUAUAAUCUGAUCUAAAUAACCCUAAACUCAAGGGUUGGACCAAUUGUCCAUGUUUGUCGAGCAGCUGUUGAUAAACUUCAAAUAACUUACCUGUGAAAUCGGCGUCAUACUUGGAUAAUUCCUUCAAUAUAUCAACUAACCAUGUCUUUUCUUUUGUCACCACAUUUAUGUAUAACUCAUUGUACAAUUUUUGUAUUUCUUGAGCGGUUGUAAAACUUGAUUUAGGCAAGGGAGUAGGGAAUAAAGUGAUGGGGGAGUUGUUAGCACUGAAGUUGUUGAAAUUUGGGGGAUACAUGACUAACCCAUUACCAAGACACCAUUGUAAAAGAGACUCAGUCAAUUCGACUUCAUUCUCAGGCGAUAAUUCAGGGAAUGGCUUAGGGGACAUGGCUUUUAGAGGGGUGCGAAGGGAGAUUAACGAGUGAUACCGGCU